CAUUUCCGCCUCUUUGUUUUAAACUCCGGACGAGGGCUUUCUCCCCCUCCUGCUCCGGGGGGGACCCGCAGGGAGCGGCGCCCCCUCCCCCCGCCGGCGCGGCCCCCGCGUGCGCCCAGCUCGCCCGCAGCCCAGACGGCAGGCAUCAAAAUGUAGCAGGCAAUUCCAGGCUGCCAUGUACAGGCCACGCAGUAGCAGCCAGGACAUAAAGGAGUAACAAGUGCCAUUUCUGUGCUAGAAAAUGGACAAAGAGCCUGGGACAAAAGGAACGCACAGAUGUGCACAGCAGAGAGCACCAGCUGAGAAGGAGCCGUAAGGUUUGGACAGAGGCCUGACACUGAUGCAAGCAGGGAGCAACAGACAUCUAGAGGAGAAGCCAAAGAUGUUGACCAGAAAGAUCAAACUCUGGGACAUAAAUGCCCACAUCACCUGCCGCCUCUGCAGCGGUUAUCUCAUCGAUGCCACCACAGUCACCGAGUGUCUACAUACCUUCUGUCGAAGUUGUCUGGUCAAGUACCUGGAAGAGAACAACACGUGUCCCACCUGCCGGAUCGUCAUCCACCAGAGCCACCCGCUGCAGUACAUUGGUCAUGACAGAACCAUGCAAGACAUUGUUUACAAACUGGUUCCAGGCCUCCAAGAAGCGGAAAUGAGAAAACAGAGGGAGUUCUACCACAAGCUGGGCAUGGAAGUGCCUGGAGACAUGAAGGGGGAGACAUGUUCUGCAAAGCAGCACCUGGAUUCCCAUCGGAAUGGUGAAACCAAAGCAGACGACAGUUCCCACAAAGAAGCUGCAGAGGAGAAGCAGGAAGAAGACAAUGACUAUCAUAGAAGUGAUGAACAGGUGAGCAUCUGUCUGGAAUGCAAUAGCAGCAAAUUGCGGGGUUUGAAACGGAAAUGGAUCCGCUGCUCAGCUCAAGCAACAGUCCUACAUCUAAAGAAAUUCAUCGCCAAAAAGCUUAACCUUUCAUCUUUCAAUGAGCUGGACAUUCUGUGCAACGAGGAGAUUCUGGGCAAGGACCAUACCCUCAAGUUUGUGGUUGUCACCAGGUGGAGAUUCAAGAAGGCGCCGCUCCUGCUGCACUACAGACCCAAGAUGGACCUCCUGUGAGUGGUCAGCGGCACCGCACUUGGCCUUGCACCCACGUGAGUGAGCGAGCAAGCGAGCGUGUGGCCGGGCAGGACCACACCGUGCUUGAGAACGUUACCUCUGGGUGUCAUGUGGACCGCAUUCUGAAUAGAGAAUAUUUAUAACUUUUGUAUGAGAGAAUUCACAUUCGAUAAGACACUACCAGCACCACGUUCCAUGACGGGAAACACUUCACAGCCCCGCGUUGCUGACCCGUGCUCACCCCUCGCUUCCGUCCAAGACUAGAGUCCGAUGCAGUGGUGACCUGCCCUCACAUAACCUUUGCUUGCUUUCAAGGUCUGGAGAAUCUCGGUCUUUUCAGUUAGUUAUAAAUUAGGUUUCAUGAUAAGUCUCAAAUUCUUGUACGUUUAUUGAAUCCUUCCUAAGUUAUUGAGAAAACUAUUUUUCUUGGUGAAUGAUAUUUAUGUUGCCUUUAGCUUCCUGAAGAUUUAGAAUAUAUAUGAAUUUUAAUUUAAAAACAGACAAGAAGAGAGUUCCAUUUACAUUAGGAUUAACCAUGGUGUUGGAUUUUCCAUGUUACAAGGCAUUGCAGAGACGACAGCUCCCCCAACUCCUUUGCCAUGUGGCCUUCAAGGGCAGGGAGGGGGCAUCCCCCAGCCCCAGUGCUCUCCCAAACUCAGACACAGCUGCAGACACACCCAGUUGGGUAGCUAGGUCAGUGCAACCGGUUGGUUCCAAUGUGCAGAACAGUCCGUGUUCUGAAAGUCUCUUCCCAUGGCCCACGGCCCCUCCUUUGCCCAGAGUACGGUGCAAGGGGCUGCCUAGUGGGAUGGGGGUUUGUGCUAGCACACCUCCCCUCCAUAUUCACCCUUAAGGGGGAUCUGCAGAGCCCCUGGUGGGCUGCACUGAGUUAGCAGCACCUGCCUGCCUACCCUCUUCCUGGGGCAGAGCUGCCUCAGCCAGCACAGAGGCAGUUGUUCCUCUGGGAGGAUGCGGGCAAGGUCAGGAGAAGGCGCACUGCUGGAUGAAUCGGUGCUGUGUUCUAGGAUCUGUGGGUGGCAAAGCCCACAUCCUCCCCCAUCCGCCUUUUUAACCCACAGGGUCUCUCAGGGGCCUACGGGUUAGAUUUUCUUGGAAUAUUUCACUUUAGUGACCAGAAUCUUUCCUUGAAUUUGUUUUUUGAAAGUUAUAGUUGGGCUCCUCAACUUAUAUUUUUGUUUGGUUUUUCUCUUUCUGUUUUGUUUACAUAAAGUGUCAGAAGCAGCUGCUAAUGUGACCUUAUCUUAUUAAUGAUCAGAAAAACAGUAUUUUGACUCAAGUGAUAUUAAUAUAAGGCCUUUUAAAAACAUAAGACAUUAUUUGCGAGGAUUGGAUCAAAAUUCCCUUCAUUAUUUAAACUCCCAGUACUGUUUGGAUAAUUCAGUUACCUAAGCUUGCUAUUCAUCCAAAUCACUUUUUAGAGUUCCUAUACAAGGGUUUAAAGAGUAGAUGUGUGAGUAAAUAUUACCUGUCUACCUCAAAAUAAACAUUACUGCUGAAGCGUUCUGCAAA